CUAGUCUCGAAGUUAAAUCGCCGAAAAAACUUCUACUCAACUGAAUAAAGAAACUGAAAGGCUGGUGUAACUGUAACAGAUAGGAAGAAUAAUUAACAGAGUGCUAUGGAGAAAUUUAUUGAAAUAUUUUUAUCACUUGACACUAAUAAAAAUGGUGUAAUUGAGAAAAAUGAAUUAAUACAAUAUUGUAAAAAAGAGAAUCUUGAUAUGCGUAUGGUGGAAACAACUUUGAAACGAUUUGAUACAGAUUCAGAUGAUAAAAUUACUUUCUUAGAAUUUUGUCAGGGACUUGGUCUAAAUCCUCAAGAAAUGGCCAAAGAAAAAAAGGAUAGAGAAAUAAUGGCAGAGGGUAAAGCUCCUAAAAUAGACCCAGACAUCGAGAUCUUAAACAGUUCAAUGACAAUACAAAAGCAAUAUGAAAUAACAAGGAAAUUUAAAGAGAUAUUAAAAUCCAAAUACACAGAUGAAAAGUCUAUAAGUACAAUAGCUAAUGAUGUCAAAAAGUAUUUAGAUCAGAAAUAUGGUGGAUUAUGGCAAGUUUUUAUCAUUGAUGGAUCGUUUUGGUCGAAUUUCAGUCAUGAGCCUUUUAUGUCUAUACAAUUCAAGUAUGAAAAUUAUCGUUGUGUUUUCUGGAGGAAUCCAGCUGAAUAAAUAUCAGCAGGCAUAAAAUGUUGAUAAAUUUUGUUGAAGAAAAAUGAAAAGAGUUGUGUUCCCAUUCAGUUUAAAUAGGGGAUGCACAAAAUACAAUUUUUCUCUUGUCAUGUGAUAUUAUGUAAUAUAAUAUUGGUAACAUAUCUAAUAAAUGGUUAAAC